AUGGCGGAUGUCCAAAGCAAUGAGCGUAAAGUAAAACUUACUAAAAACGGCAAAGUUGUGAAAAGACGUUUAAGAAAUCCUGAAGAAUGGCACAAACAAAAACAAAAGCGUUUGAGAAUAGCUGGACAAGAAUAUAUAAAUGCCAAUGGGAAAAUUGUACCCCCUAAACAACCUGGCCCAGAUUGCAAUUGCCGUAGAAAAUGUUUUCAAAUGGUACCAGAGGAUAUUCGUAUGAAAACAUUUCAAGGGUUUUACUCUAUGAAAAGUCAUGAUGAACAAAAUGCAUAUUUAUUUGGUUUAAUGCGGCAAAUUGAUGUGAAACGAAAAAGAGUUAAAUCUAGCAGCAGAAGAACAUGCACAUUUGAAUAUUUUGUCCGAGUUAAGGGUAAAGAAACUCAAGUAUGUCAAACAGCUUUCAAAAAUAUACAUGCAAUAACAGAGCGUAAAGUUAGAGUUCUUUGCAAGAAAAUGGAUGAUGGUAUUAUGUUUCCAAGUGACAAUAGAGGUAAGAACAGCCAUAGACGAUCAGGAGAAGUUCGUUUACCUAUAGGUAUUGUAGACCAAAUAAAAAAUCAUAUUUACUCAAUAGUUCACACUCACAGAUUGAAAGAUUUUAUCAGACUUGACAAAAUUGCUGGCCUUGAAAUUAAUAUUUCUAAAAUGUGGAAAGAUUAUAUAAAAAGUUAUGAUCCUGACAAUAUCACUGCAACUAUGCCUAAAUCUAAAAGAAAUAUGGAGAUAUUACCUGUUCAAAAUGAGCCACUUCAACCUAUAGCUCCAGCUCCAGUCCCACAAGAGACUUAUACACCUUUAACAUAUCCUGGUAAUAGCCACCUAGUCAAUAUUGCAGAAAAUUACUUUGAAAAUCAGUAUCAAACACAAUUGACAACUACAUCAACACCUACAAAUUUUUAUCCUGCUCAAAGUGGUCAACAUCCACAAGGAAUGGGUAUUAUUUUACAAUCAGUUAACAGACCUGCUCAACCUACAGCUUUUAUUUUACUACAGGCUAAACCUGAUCUUUCACAAGAUAAGCUAGCUAUAACUAAUGGCUCAUACAUUGAGACACAAACUGAAAUAUCUGAAAUGCCUAGUAAAUCAAAGAAGCUCAAAAAAGAAAGAAAAAAGGGUCCAGUUGUUAAACAGUGGCGAUAUAGUAAUAUAUUUCAUGACGAAAUAAAUGGAGCAGCAUUGGCAGCUAUAAAAACAAGACUUGGUAUGUAUUAUGCAGAGAGUGACGCGGCCAGAAAGAAGGCAAAGCAAAUUCCACGGGCACAGGAAACUGCUCAAACACAAACUGAACAAGCAACCAUCAAAUCUGAACAGUCUGGUAUGAUGAGGCCCCCUCACCAACAGCUGAGAGCUACACACACAUUAACUAUAUUCACAUAA